GGUAUGACCAACACUCUAAAGUUCGAAGGUCUGUGUCACUGCACUCAGAGAGGGAAGACAGGAAAGAACUUCCAUUUGUGCUUUCUGUUGAUCUCCCACCUUGCAAGAAGUCAAGUUAUGAGGUCUUUCCUGAUCACAGCAGCUUGUACUCUAACAGUAGUUUGGCCACCAUUUAUCAUCACGACAGAGAAAUAACUCCUGUAUUUCCAGUGCUUCCACAUAUCCGAUCUAGCCUCGGUCAGCCAUCUACAACUGCGAGCAGUCUGGUGCUUCAAAUGGAACAUGAGAGGGAGAGGGGGAAUCUGCACCGCUGCCUGAAACUGGCUAAGGAGAGGGAGGAACUAGAGAGGGAGCUGCAGUGGUACACGCUAGAAAGAAACUCCACAAAUCGGGAGCAAUCAGACUUGAAGAGGAGGGAAAAUGGUGGUGAUGAGCUUGUAUGGGAAUAUAAGAGCAGCACCUUGCCACACAGAUGCCCCCCAGGCAGCAAGGAGAACCGCUGUCUGUCACCAAGCUUUUUAUCAUCAUCUUCUGCCUACUGGGAAACGCAUCCUCUUGUUUCGCCUCCCACUCUGAUCCAAUCCAGGACCCGUCUCAGUGCAUCAUCACCUGCAACUCCUUCACAUUUAAAGUCCGGCAACCGUCAUUCUUCUCAGUUUUUUCCCAAACAGACCGCCUUCCAAUCUGAGGAGGCAGGCAGUUUUUCGAAAGACAGAUUAACUCUCCCACAUCUUCCCCUAAAGCACCAGAGACAUGAAAGAGUAGGGGCAGCACCAGAAAGCUAUAAUGAUUCACCACAAUCCACAGGCCUAGAUAUGCAAACAAAUGAUUCAUGUUCUGAGGCACAGAGACAGAACAAUCUUAGUCAUGGCAGCCUUUCAACAUUGUCUUUCUACAGCAAUAAAUACACUGAAAGAUCUAAUUCAGCUCUUGAUGCAGUGCCAGACUCUUCAAAAGUGGAGGUAGUGCUCCCCAAGCGCACUGAUGAAGAUUUGUGUGUUGAGAUGAGUGUGGAUGAGCCAGAGUAUGAGGCGUGUGUUAUGCAGCCUACAAAGCCCAUGCUGCACCAACGAAUUGCAUCUCAUGUACAACAAGGGCACUCACUGACCCGCAGAGGCUGGCACGAUGAUGUGAGGAGGAGCACAAGCUUUAACUGCCAGGCCCCUGUUUCUGUGCAGGAUAUUUUCAGGGUCCCAGAUUGCCCACAACCUUUAGAACCAGAAAUAUGGAAAGGUGUGAGCCAAGGCUCUAAAAUAUCACUGUCCAAGCAGCGAAGUCAGAGCCUAGACUUGAGACGGCAGAAGGAAAGCGAUUUCCUGACUCCAGAUGCGUGGAUAGAGUCUCUUAGCCAAGAAAACAUCUCUGCUGCAUCAUCCUGUCCUCCAGACUCUCUGUUCCAGAAACCUCAGAGUUCUGCUCCUAGAAAGAUUUCCAGAUCUCCUGCAAAUGAUCCUUCUGCUACCCAAUAUGCCACCUAUUUACCUCCUGCUGUGGACUCUAAAUUUUCAAUGAGUCAUCCAGAGAGGCUCAUAACAAAUCAUGAUGUGCCUUGUCACUACAAGCCAAGAAGAGAGGCCGGCCUUUUACCCCAUGCUGCCACAAUGCCAGGGGACUACCAGGAGGCCAUGAAAGAGGCAGGAGGUUACUUGGAGUCUGUGAAAGGAGCCACUAUAUGCUUGCUACCCAACACCGAUACUCAAGAGGCAUUGGAAUUGGAAGCAGAAGGCUACGAUGGAGUGCCACAGUCUGGCAGCAACUACAGCAGUUAUGCCAGCAGUGGGCGAGGAAGCAUGGAGCCCAGUAAUGGGCGCCUUUCCAUGUGUCACCUUUCCCCAACCCUCAUGAGCUCACCUGAGACUAUAGAGGACACCCAGGGGAACACAGAGGACAUGCAAAAUCCACAGAUGGAACCAAGCCAAAGGAGAAAGGUCUCUGUAGAUGAGAACUACGAGUGGGAUGCUACUGAUUUCUGCUCACAGCCUGCUGACCACGAUGGCCUGCUUCCUUCGUUACAUCUACCGAAGCCUGAUCCGCGCUGCAGCCUACCCAGCAUGCAGUUCUCCACUAAGGCACUGAAAAAUUGCAGUCAGGUUUCUCUGCUCCCGGGGCAUCAAAGCAGCUGCUCUGCUGAGCCAGAACCAGACACUGUGCUGUUCUGACAGUGCCAGCCUUCGGCACGUCUCACCUGGUGUGUCCUUUCACUUACUAACUCACAUCAAUGUCGACAAAAAGUGCAAGUGGCAGAAUGUGAGCUUUUGUGUGAUCAAUUUUAGUCCCCCUUUCAACCUCCCCAAAACAGGGGGGGGCAAGUACAGAACUGCUUUUUAGUUUGAGUAUCCUUUUUGUUAAACUUCAACUGAAAACAAUUAUUUUCAGCACACACAGAUCUCAGUAAAAGUAGUAGAGCCAUAAAACCGUCUCUACCUUCAUGCAACGCUUUUAAACUUUGUUUCACUUUGUGACCCAUAACUAUCAUCCUUUUGACAUUUUCUUUUGAGACUGUCUGCCAAUCCGCCAAUAUCAAAGCUUUUCACUGGGUUGAUGGAUUCACCGUGUUUUCUUGUGUACUUUGAUAUGCAUUCAUCAUCCAAAGAUGACUCAGUAGCCAAACAAAAGACGAAACGAUCUCGUUCAUUAUCAAGUUGCUGGUUCAUUCUGUGAUUGAGUUUUAGAUAGU